AUGACCGCCCAAAUAGAACUCGCACAUGCGCCGUCCGACGCCAUCUCGGCCGUCCGCUUCGCUCCCCAAUCACCAAACCGUCUGCUGGUCGCCUCGUGGGAUCGCAAUGUCUACCUCUACGACACAAAGAGUGGAGAGCAGGGUAGCCUGUUGCAAAAAGUAGAGCACCGCGCUCCCGUUCUGGACAUUUGCUUUGGCGACGACGACUCGACUGCCUUCAGCGCCGGCCUCGACUGGCAUGUCAACCGCAUCAACCUGGAAACUGGCGAGAAGUCCGUCAUAUCGUCCCACCAAGCUGGCGUCAAGUCCAUCGUCUACUCGGACAAGCACCACCUGCUCAUCUCGGCCUCGUGGGACAGCACCCUCCACGUCCACAUACUCAACAACGGCAACAUCGCCCACGCUCCCUCCACCAUCCCUCUGCCAUCCAAGCCCUUCUCCAUCUCUUUGACUCCUACGAAACUCGUCGUCGCCAUGGCCUCACGCCACAUUUUCAUAUACGAUCUGGCCGCUCUGAAGAUGCUCACUUCGCAAUCUGCCCCUUCUCAAGAAUCCGGAAACCAGAGUAUCCUCGAGAUACAACCAUGGCAGCAGCGCGAGAGCAGUCUGAAGUUCAUGACACGCGCCGUCUGCUGCAUGCCCAACGACCAAGGCUAUGCACUCUCUUCAAUCGAGGGCCGCGUCGGCGUCGAAUGGUUCGAUCCCUCGACCGAGUCUCAGAGCCGCAAGUACGCUUUCAAAUGCCACAGACAGGCCGAUGAGGGCGUCGAUGUCGUCUACCCUGUCAACGCCCUGGCCUUCCACCCCGUACACCAAGGCACGUUUGUCAGUGGAGGUGGCGAUGGUUUUGUUGUACUGUGGGACGGCGUCACCAAGCGCAGAAUCAGGCAGUACCAGGCAUACCCUUCCAGUGUCUCGAGUGUGUCAUGGAGCUCCGACGGUAGAUAUUUGGCCAUUGCAAUCAGUCCUGGCUUCGAAGACGGAAACGAGGUCAUUUCUGAAGGUCAGGUCAAGCUGUUCAUCAGGGAACUCGCAGACGGAGAAGCAAAGGGCAAAAGCGCCAAAUAA